CACCUGUAGAGCCCAGAUGUCGCUGGUUAUGGAGCGCAAAUACGCGGCUUUGACUUUGACAUUCGCGUCGGGAGUCGAAGACGACAGUGGACACCCAUGAACUGCGCUAGGAAGAGCUACCUUGGCUAGAGACACUGCCAAACAGGGCGCGCAGCGUGUAGCGAGGUGCUUCUGCGCUCGGAGCGCCGCAGUGCGGAGCAUGAUUGUCGUGGCUGAAUGGGUUUUCGUCGUUUGAUUGGUUGAAAAUUGAAACGGCAAUAAUGGUGGUCAAUUUGAGCGAGCUGCUGCAGCAGGAGCGCGCGAUUCUCGAGGAUCGACGCCAGCAGCAUCUCCAUGAACGUCGCGCUCGCCGCGAUAAGCUGAGGACUAGUCGGUCGAGUGGCCGAGCGCUACUGACAGCGACGUCUCUGUCAGACAUUGAGGGAGUCACGGAUCGACCAGGAUUCCUACGCGAGCAACUGAAGCUGGUGAAUCUGACAUCGCUUCAACGAUGGCAUCUACAGCUAAAAUUACUGGCGGUAGAGGAAACGAAGACGCAGCGUUCAGUAUCCAUAGAGGAUAGAAAUGAUGUAGAGUCUGCGAAGCAGUCGUUGGAGAAGGUGUUCUCACGUGACCAGCGCUGUUACGACGUCGUGUAUCGAGAAGGAGCGCGGGUGACGGACGCUCGGGACAGUCUACUGGACGAUAACGCGUCUAUCAACGUCAAGGAAGUGCUAAGCUUUUCUACUCGUCACGAGAACUUUAUGUGUCGCGUCACAUGUGUGCACGACGGCAAGCGGGUGCUCUUCAACUCGACACUAUACAUUGAAGGCCUGCAGACAGAGCUAGAACGGCUACUGAUUGAACAGAGCAGCAUAGACGCCGCCAUUACUAUCAUCCGGAACACACAGCAUUAAAGUUAACAAAAUACAGAUGCAAGACAGUGAUCGCGUUAAUGAGAUGACAGUCGUGUAUUUUCCCA